AUGGACUACGAUCCAUACGCCACCUAUCCCGCUAUGCAAUACUCAACCUUUCAACCUAUGCCAUCAGACUUCACAGAUUUUUCACCCGCCGACGCAAUGUACUCAGCAGAGGCAGCACCAGCGCUUGAGUCUGCCAGCGAACCCUCUGCGUCACAACCAUACGCCACUCAAUAUCAGCCAUCCUACCAAACAAAAGACAUACUUCACUGGGCCACUUCCGGCUACAUUUCUUCGCCCUCAGUCCAGUCCACCAUCCCCACGCCGUCCUCUGAACACCCGUCCUCACGGCCAGUCAUCGUCCACCCUACCUCCACACAUCAUCCAGUAACCUCCACGAUCGGAUAUCCAGAGUACGACCUGUACAUGGGCGCAAACAAUUUCCCAUCUUCAUCUUCGCAUCCUCAUCAGCACGCAUCGGAACUGUGUUACGAUUCUUCGAACACGGUCCAACCCGUGCAGCCCUAUGAACCGGAGUAUUGGGCGGAAUCGGAAGAAUUGAAUCAAUAUCAGGAUCAGGAUGCGGGGGUGGCUGCAGGGCAAGCGCUUGACGGUGAGAACGCUAACCAGAUGCCAAUUACAGAUGCAAUUAAUGUGCAUGGCUAUGCCGACAUGACAUCCGAAUACCGAACACUUCCUACUCCAGAACAUGGUCAAGCGAUCGCCGACAGACUGAGGGAAGUGGAAGAUACCAGGCGGAGGGCAGAUGAGUUUCUGAAUCCAACGUUCCUUCAAAACAGCCUCCUCCAGUCCUUCGAGUCGUGCGAGCCUUCUCAAUUCCAGUCGCACUAUCCUUACUCUCUUCCUCCGUCUCCGGAUUACGAUUCUCAGGCUCAUGAUGAUGGUCCAUCGCAUCUUUAUGCGCCUUCUUUCCAGGAGGAACGAAAGGAGGUGCCCGUUCCACAGGAGCACCAUUAUCCCGAGCAUCACAAUUCUGAGGCUACCAUCAGCGUCGAGCAGCCCCUGGACGGACCGCAGCUUAUACCGGUCCAACAGGAAACGAUGAUGGAACCCUCUUGGUCUGUCCCAGCUCUAGCCGUCGACGGUGAUUACGGUCACUGGCAGCAACCCCAAUACGCCUGGCCCCAGCAAAUGCAGUUCGCGCCCGCUUCGACUUCGUUCGAAAAUGGCGCAUCCACGAGCUCGCAUGGGUUGAACAGAACACAGGCGUGGGUAUCGGAGGUCCAGAACCAGUCAUUUGACGAAUCGGAUUCUUCGGAGCUCGUGCACCCGAGGCCUGUGCGUGGUUAUCUUCCGUCUUGGUGUUCUCCGACAAUCCAAACUGAAGACGUACAGGACGUGCCUGCAGUCGCUGAGUAUGCCGUAGCAACUGCUGCAGGUGACACGGCGCCUGUGGUUUACGAUGACGCCGGUAGCCAGGAGCAGAGUAAUGCGGAAGCCCUCGACUCGUCGGCUUUACUCUUCCAGCCUGCACCUCCGGCCAUCAUGAGUGGCACUGACAACGUGUCCCACGACGUGUACAACUACUACCCUGAGCCCGAUCACUCUCAGCCUCCCGUCUUCGACUUUGGGAAUGACGAUUUCCAGUGGGAGUUCCAACCUCCACCUAAUGUACCUCAGCCGCCUCUUGGAACAUUCUAUGACCCUUCAUGGUACGGGAUGAGGGGGUAUGGUGGCCAUGUGUCGUUCUAG